GAAUAUCAGAUGCAUCAGAUCAUUGGAGCAUGUUCAGGAAUAGAAGCUGGAAUUGGAGCAAAACAAUCCGCCGAAGAGAUUGCUCAUGGUACUAUGACAGUGCGGGGUCGUGAACGAACUGAGAUCGUGAGAAAUUGCUAGAGUAGUAAACAUGGGGACAGUAGAGAAAGCUUUGACUGAGAAGCUGUCGGGUCUGUCAGUAGGGACAGACUUCAUUCCUGAGACAGAUGUGGUAAAAGAUUCUCGAUCAAAACGAAUGAAAGGCGGGAUGCAUCUUGAGUCAGACUUCGGUGGAGAGCAAGAUUGUGGCAUUGAUUCCAGGGGAGCGAUGUCGGGGGUAGAAAGUUCUUGCGAGAAACUGGAGCCAGUGUUAACGGAAAAUUCCUAUCGACCGUCUUGCUCCAACUCGAUGUUGCAGGAAAGGCAGGAAGAGGAGGCUGCUCUCUGUACUGAACACUCCGAUGGCACUCCCGACGGGUUUCCCUCCAUCUUACCAUACGCAGAUUUGAAAUCUCGUCUCACGCUCAUGAGGGUAAGCAAGCAAAUGCGCAGCCGAGUGAAUGAUGUUCUGGUGUGGAGGAAGUUAGAGGUUGAACGCCCUCAAAACAAGUCCCUUACAGAUGGCAUUCUCAUGACCCUUGUCAAGAGGGCAGGUGGAUUACUGAAGAGUAUGAGACUCGUCACAUGUUUAAUGAUCUCUGAUGAAGGAUUAGCCAAUGCGCUAUCACUCUGUCCCCAGCUCGAGAAGCUGGAGGUCCCAGGAUGUAUACAGCUCAAUAUUAAUGCCCUUGUGCAUACGGUGGAGCAGCACUCUGCAAUGAGUCGUUCGAAAGGGAUGAGCGGUAUCAAACAGUUGCAAAUCCUUGGAAAAUUUGAAAUCCAGGAGCAGAACGAGUUUACUCAGAGAGAUAUGAUUUUGAGAGCAAACGGACUCCAUUUAACGACCACUUGGACUCUUUACCAAUCACCGUGGACUUGGCCUGUUUACCUGUCCUCAAGUACCAUUGAUGACGAUCGAGCUAUGGAUGUUGAGAAGUGUCACUUGUGCAAAUUUGGUUAUGCGAAGGUUUUGUUCGACUGUACGAGGAAAAGUUGUGAGAAUGCAGCAAGGAUUGACACCAUCAAAGCUUGCGAGGGGUGUUUCAUUUGUUUGCCGAGUUGUAGUGGGUGCGGUACUUGCGUGCCUUAUGACAAGGAGUUUGAGAGGGCUUGCUGCCGGCGGUACCUUUGUUUCAGCUGCUGGGCGCAGUCGCCCAAGUGCGCAAAAUGUAACACCGCCAUUUGCCGGCAGCACAAGGAGGAUUUCAUGGAGAGGACCACUCUUAGCGCCUUGUCGGGGGUAUGUGAGAGGUGCGCAAAUGGUGGGAGAGAAACUGACGAAUUCCUCGAAUUAGAAGAUCUUUGUUUUGCUUUAUUUGGGGAUCCUUGGGGACCUUUUGACCUUAUUCCGGAUUAUAUGUAGGUUUAGGAUAGGACCUGUAAGAGGUAGAACAAAACGUGUGCAUGGUUUUUUCUACCCCUUUAAGGCAUCAUGCGAGCCAGCCGGUACAAAAGUCAUCGUGUGAGAUAAACGAUAGAGGGCACCUGGAUGAGUUCUUGGAAGGCGAUUCAUGCUUUGAUAUAGAAUAAGAAGAGUCCACAUAGGAAUGCAUGAAAACCCAUCGAGCAGACCCACUGCAUUCUAUUCUGUUUUCAGGCACCGGACCGUAACCAGUUACAAUUCUGAUUCACCUGCGGCUCUGCACGAGGAUUGGAAAAACAAGACCAUUCAUUUUUUUGAACAUAAGAACUCAUCCUUAUACUUAUACGAGCUUGCGUUUUCACGUGCUCUGCUACUAUGUGCUAUUGUCUAUAUUUACCAUGCAAGCAGAGACGUCAUUUCUACUGC